AUGAUUGACCAAAGACGCAACAGCGCCCGUCUCAAUGUCUCGCAUCGCAUCCACGGAUGCCGCGAUGUAGCCAGGGGCGAAAAGGCUAAGAGCACGAUCCUCGCGUCCACUCUUCACUCGUCGACACCUCCCAAGAUCGAAGUUUGGCCGAUCGAUAUGGCCAACUACUCUUCCGUGCGGGCUUUUGGCGAUCGUGCCUGUAGUACCUUAUCACGUCUUGACGCUGUGGUUUUGGACGCCGGUGUGUCGCUAGAUAAGUUCGAGCUAGCUAGAGGUAUCGAAAGCACUCUCACCAUCAACGUCAUCUCCACCUUCUUGCUUGCACAGUUGGUCUUGCCAAAGCUGAGCGAGACUGGUCGUGCGCAGGCGACAGACACGCAUCUUACCUUCGUCGGUUCAAUGACCCACAUCUUCGCAAAGACCAAACAGCUGUGUGAUGCCAAGAGUGGGGACAUCUUGAGGACGCUUAGCGAUCCAGCGCAGGUGGACAUGGCUAGUCGUUAUUUGCUCAGUAAACUGCUAGUGAUUUUGGGAUCCCAGGAUCUGGCCACAAAGACCAAUACUUCAGCAAAAGUGAACGGCACCGUCGUGAAUUGUGUGAACCCGGGAUGGUACAAAACUGCACUCUUCCGCCACGAAGACUUGGGAAUCGAAGGAAGAUUCGCCCUACGGAUAAUGGGCAGGACUGGCGAAGAAGGGAGUCGAACCCUUGUACAUGCUUCAUCGGCGGAUAAUUUAACCAAUGGCAAAUAUCUGAGCGAGUGUCAGGUCAAGCCCGAGCCGCAAUUUGUAAGAAGCGAAGUUGGUCAGCACGUCCAGGAAAGGAUUGCCAAUGAGUUACGAAAGGUACUGGAGCAGAUCCAGCUGGCACGAAAAAGCAGGCUUGAUCUGUAA